CACCAUACAUGGGCUCAGUCGGUUGGCGAUGUCUCACCUGAAAAGUCGUAUAACUAUGGAGCGGGAAAACUACAGUGCCGAAUAUUUCGAGAGAGCUUUGGCGAGAGCUUAUGGUUGUGAAAUGCUUCGCGUUGAGAACUUUCACAUCGAGGCGGUGAGCCAGAAGGGCGAGAACUUUUGCAGCGCCAUCUACCGGGUGGCGUUGGACUUUCGCAGGUCCCCCGGUGGCGCUCUCGAAUCAGGAAAAUAUAUUCUCAAGGAUCUGCUGCCCGCCGUCGCUGCACUGGGCACCAACGAGAAGGAUAUGUUCGAGCUACUCCUGCCUGCCAUGCAAGCCAUUCUCGAAGAAGCUCCAAAAGAGAUUGGCGAGCGCAAGCUGAGCCCAAAUUGCUUGCUAGUCGAGAUAUCUGCUGGAAAAGAGCUCUACAUCAUGGAGGAUCUGGGCGCCCUGGGAUACGGAUCCUUUGAUCGCCGUCAAGGCUUAAAUCUGGAAGAAGCCAAGAUUUGCGUUAGGAAACUGGCGCAGUUCCACGGCGCCUCCAAGGUUCUGUUCGAGAAGAAACCGGAAUUGAUUCAAAGGCUUUCACCUUCUCACUAUGCCAAUGGACUGAACGAUCGCUUCGCCCAGGCUCUCGUCUUGGAGGGCACCGAGUAUGCCACAGAAGCGUUUGCCGAAGAACUUCCGGAAAUAUCAAAGAAAAUGAAGGCUCAAAUUCCAGACACAUAUACGAAAAGAAUGCGAGAUGUCGUCGACCCCAACAAGUCGUCAUUGAAUGCAGUUAUUCAUGGCGAUCCCUGGUUAAAUAACAUAAUGUAUGAUUCAGUUAAUAAGAAGGCAACUCUCGUGGACUUCCAGAACUGUUACUGGGGUAGCCCGGCCAUAGACCUCUACUUUCUUUUUUACACCAGCCUCAAGCCUGAAUUACUGCUAAAUAGUCAAGAUGAGAUUCUGAAUCACUAUUUCGACAAUCUUCUGGAAACCUUGCGGCAGUGUGGCUAUAAAGACACACUGCCCACUUUUGGCCAGUUAAAGGAUGAGAUGAAACGGUGUUUGUUUUAUGGAUAUUACACCGUAGUCUGUGAACUUCCCAUAUGUUGUUCUUCUCCUGAGGCAAGUGUGGAUUUCGGGGUUCACACCUUCGUAGAUACGGAUGCUAUGUUAAAGAAGCGACACCAACUAUUCGCCAACGAACGAGUGCGUCAAACCAUAAAGUCCACUCUGCUUAUGUUGGAUAGUGAGGGUAUAUUAGAAACCCCCUAAAAAAACCAUUUUGUCGUUUUAUAAAGUGCUUAGUUUGUCCUGUCAGUAUUUUUUGUGGUGCGAGUUCCUCCAUUUUUUUAAUAUCAACAGUGUAAAUGAGCAAUAUUAACCUACAAAUACUAAUAAGUAAACAAAUUAAUUUCUUACUUUAUUCAAUUAAGAGGUGUACAGUUGUUUGUAAACGAUUUUCGAAUAAAACUUAUUUUUUCUUUCAUUUAAA